UGUGGACUUCAGAAAUGGACCACCAGUACAUUGGGCAGUAGCUGGGGAAUUCGGCGCUCGCAGUCACUUCGUACUCAAUGAAUCUGAUCCGUCAUCAGCACACCUUGCCGUUGAAAAGGUUGCUCGAUACGAUGAAGGAAUUUAUCGAUGUCGAAUCGACUAUGUCGAUUCACCAACUAGAAAUUACAAGGUCAAUUUGACUGUAAUAGUACCACCGGAAUCACCUCGGAUUUACGAUUCUGACGGUCAAGAGAUUACUGGUUCAAUUGCUGGACCUUUUCGGGAAGGAUCAAACCUACUAUUGUCCUGUCAAGCAGCUGGAGGAAAACCGCCACCAGAUAUAUCUUGGUAUAGAGGUCAGGAACGUUUAGCUGUUACUAAAGAAGGAUCAGUUUGUCAACUCCACUUACAAAGACUUUCCAGAGAAUUUGCUGGUACAACUUUACAGUGUAGAGUGGAACCGCGACUUCUGAAGGCAUACUAUAGAGAUGUUACGAUUAAACUAUUUUUGAAACCUCAGUUUGUUCGGGUCACGGGUAGUGGUGCAACGAGGGCCGGCCACGAGCGAUCUUUCGUCUGUACCACACGAGGUUCAAAACCUCCACCAAAUAUCGAUUGGUUCAUUAACUCACAGCGUAUCGACUCAUCUAUGACUGAGAUGGACGUGGAUGGAGAGGUCACAAGGAGUAUCUUGACGUGGCGAAUUCGACGAGAAGAUAGCGGCAGACAGCUUGUGUGCCGAGUUUCCAAUCCAUGGUUUCCAGCUUACACUUUAGAAGACUCUGUGUCUUUAGACGUUUUAUAUUCACCGGUUGCUCAGAUAUCUCUCAUUGAACCGAAAGAGCCACACUUACUUCGCGAAGACGAAGAUGCUACUUUACUCUGUUCCUCUGAUGCUUCGCCGCCUUCAACCAACUUUACUUUCUACAAGGGUCUAGAGGACCAUCUCAUUCACGACGAUCCGGUUGGAGGCAUCUCCGUGGAGGGAAAUAAACUGAUAUUAAGAGGUCUGCGAAGGCACCAUUCCGAAAGAUACCGGUGUAGAGCGAGAAAUUCUGAAGGUAGCGGAUUAAGUGAACCGCUUACUUUGAAUGUGCUAUCACGUCCUGAAUGCUCGGCCGGUAGUGUUGUCCAGCAGCUUGCUGGUGCGCCCGGCGGUGAGGUUCGAGCGCGGUGCUCAGUGACAGCACCCUCCACACGAGAUGCAGGACCUUUAAGAUUUUACUGGACAUAUAAUAGCACAAAAGACGUUUUGCCGAUACCGGCAUCAAACAUAACUAUAAUGGGGUCAAGCAGCACUGUUAUACACGGUCUACCCAAAAUUGGCGAUGACGAUUUAGGCUGGCUGGCUUGCUGGGCAAGUAAUGACAUAGGAAAUCAAAGAGAGCCCUGCCUGUUUCGAAUUAUGCCUGCUGCCCUUCCGGAACCACCGAGCAAUUGCGAAAUAGAAGACGAGAUUCUCCGCUGCGAUCCAGGUCAUGAUGGAGGUCUACCGCAGCGGUUCAUAUUGGAAGCGCUGGAGGUACGGCAUCACAGCGAACCGGAGCAGAGUGAAUUCGACAGUGACUCCAUGAGUGAUCAGGGUGUUUCGGGCCGAGGUCUUACAGAAGCAGUAUAUAGAGCUAGCAAUGAUGUUAUUCCACAAUUUCCACUUGAUGCUUUAAGUCCUGGGCGCUAUACGUUUCUUGUGUACUCAGAAACUCCUCGUGGUAGAUCACCACGACCUGCUGCACUACACAGUAUCCCUAUACGUACAAUUGACGAUCUAGAUAAGCCUGGAUCUCUACAAACUAUGACUCCUGGGCCACCACCUCUACCUACACCCGGUGACAAUAGUGUUGCCUUACUUAUAGGAGCAGCAUUGUCUCUCGUGUUUCUAACAAUAUUGACAACAAUUUGUGUGGCACUAGUUCUUAUGUGUAAGAAAAAGAACCACUCACGUCGUGAUCCUGAGGAAAGCACAAUUUUACGAAGAAACGUAGGCGUAUCUAUGUAUGGUGGUUCUUCAAUAUCACCAAGUGUAAUGCCUACUGUAGUGGUUCGUGGCCAUAGAGGAUCCAGAGUACUUGCUGCACGAUGGUCUGGAGUAUUAGAUGACACUCCAUUAGCAGUACUGGCACUAGAGACCAGGCCACAUGGUGACACUGAUUCCAGUCAAAGUGAUGUAGAUCAUCAGGAGACAGAACUAACAAGUAACGUGGGUGAUAUGGAAACACAGACAGACAAUUGA